AAUUGACUGACCCUCUGCAGAUCAUGUUCCGCAUUCUGCUGGAGAAGGCUUCGGGUCUGCCCAUCUAUGCACUCCUAAUCGUUGGCAAAUUCUAUUUGGACGUUGAGAAAUUUGAAGAGGCCCUCGAGAUUUACUUUAAGGCUCUUGAUAAGUUAGAGGAAAGCGAAGUGCCCUUAAAGUAUUUCAACAUCUACAGGAUUGGCAAUGUCUAUGAUGAGCUUAAGCAAUAUGAUAAAUCAACGGAGUACUAUGCAAGGGCACUUGCAGGACAGGAGAAAAUACUAGGGCCUGAACAUGAAGAUACGCUAUCCACUUUACACAGCAUUGGAUAUAACUAUGCCGAGCUUAAGCAAUAUGAUAAAGCAAUAGAGUACUAUGCAAGGGCACUUGCAGGACAGGAGAAAAUACCCGGGUCCGAACAUAAAAAUACACUAUCGACUUUACACAACAUUAGCUAUGUUUAUUCUAAGCUUGGCCAACAUGCUAAAGCAAUAGAGUAUUAUGCAAGGGCACUUGCAGAACGGGAGAAAAUACUAGGGCCUGAACAUAAAGAUACGCUAUCCACUCUACACAGCAUUGGAUAUAACUAUGCCAAGCUUAAGCAAUAUAAUAAAGCAAUGGAGUAUAAUGCAAGGGCACUUGCAGGGCGGGAGAAAAUACUAGGGCCUGAACAUAAAGAUACGCUAUUUACUUUACAUAACAUUGGAUGUAACUAUGCUGACCUUAAGCAAUAUGAUAAAGCAAUGGAGUACUAUGCAAGGGCACUUGCAGGACUGGAGAAAUUACUCGGGCCGGAACAUAAAGACACAUUAUCAACUAUUAAUGCAAUUGCCUCUAUCCAGGAUAAUCUCGGACAACACGAUGAAGCAUUAGAAUACUUUUCAAUACUCACAGGAGAGGAGGACGAAAUGAUCGAGCCUGAAUAUGAAGACACACUACCGACUAUUAAUAACAUUGACAACGCCUACGAUAGUCCCGAGCAAUGCGACAUACCCUCAGACGAUCUCAUACAAACACUAUCAGGACAGGAGAAGAAGGUAUCAAAACCAGAGCGUAAAAAUACCAAAGUGAUACAAAAGUUGCUAGGUGUUAUUUGCUGCAACGUUGAACCAUAGAUAGUCGGCAUUGGAAUAAGCUGAUCUAAUAGCAUGAAAAAAUCUUACUUUCCCAAA